UGAUUUGGUUGCAUGAAGUGUUUUGCUUCUCAUCAUUCCAUGUAGCCAUUUCUGCCGUGGGACCGCCGCACAGUCGAGUAAACGAUCCCCGUCGUGUUCUUUCUUUAUCCCCCCCACCGCUGCUAUGGCUCAGACGGCGCAGGCAAAUGUCUUGGACGCCAACAACCCUCACAUCCAAGUGGAACACGAUAAAAAGCGUCGACAGUUUGUCAUAAGACUCAACGGGUCUCACGAUCGUGCAGUUCUCCUGUAUGAGUACGUCGGGAAGAAGACCGUGGACUUGCAACACACCGAAGUUCCCGAUGCCUACAGAGGGAGAGGAAUUGCCAAACACCUGGCAAAGGCGGCCAUGGACUUUGUGGUGGAAGAAGAUCUGAAAGCUCACCUGACCUGUUGGUACAUUCAGAAAUACGUCAAAGAGAAUCCUCAACCUCAGUACUUUGAACACAUUUAUCAAUGACCUCACACGGUGCCAAAAGACGGGGGAGAGAGACUCUCGGGAGAGAAAUAUGGAAAGGAUGUACAUCCAACAAAGGACCUUCCAGGCAUUGUUAGCCGAUGCCAGAUGACUUUAAUAUGCCGAGUCGACCGGUCAUGCCUGUCCACAAACGGGGCAUCGCUCCCUCAACAGAAGCGAAACGGCAAUCAGUCGACUUGAGCCAACAAACUGGACCAAGUUGAGUCCGGCGUCUGUGGGAUGGAAAGCUUCAGGAUGUAAAUUCAUCACCUGCAUGUAUUAAAAGAAAUGGGAGUGGCGUUUAUUUGCAUAUUUCUGUCCUUAAGGCGAAAAGGUAGCAGGCAUGUCUGUCCAUCUUUUUGUUCAAUUUGGGGUUUGUUUAUUUUCUUUUUCCCAUGUGAUUUAUAAAUACAAAUGCCGGUAGUAGUGGGAUGCACAGAUGAAGCAAUUCCAGCUAAAGGUGAAUUUUGGCCUUAUGACAAUUGGUCACAUCUUCAAAUAGUUCCACUUUUUUUAUUUUCUUGAGUUAAAAAUUAAGUUUACUUAGAAUAUUCAAGAUUCGAUUGAAUUGAUGUAUUUUCCUCAACUUCUAAUGUUAGUUUGUAGUGACCCAGUCAUUCCAGAAAUAUUUGUGCUGACUUGGAUCCUCACUAUUUCAAUUUUUAGAGUCCCCUUCUGUCCUUUCCUGUCACUUCAUCGUAAGGGUGGACUAAUCCUGUGUCUCAACAAAAAAAACCCCAGCAUUGAAUACUGCACUGCUGCAUUCAGGGCAUUUUAUUUCAGUUAAACCACAUCCUUUGUUGAUUCCUGACUUGAAACUGAGCAAAUCUUACUGUGUUUUUUUUGUACACCACAAGGACUCAUGCACAUGGAUUCCCUAAUUAAAUUUUUUAUUUUAUUUUUUUUACUCCUGUGAAACCAGGAGCCUUUUGCUGUUGACAAUCUAAGAUGUUAAGGAGAAACCAACCUCAGGAAACUCCGCGCACACACUCACUCUGGCAGGACCAAUAGACUGCUCCAAAUGCAGAAAACUACUAGUGACUAGGUGGCAAACACCUAUUAAUAGCAAGGCAAUAUUUCAUUUCAUUGUAUGUGUUUGUGUGUGCACAUGAAAGCUAAAUGACCUAACAUUCUAACGUUUUUCUUAACUACAGUAUAUCGGUGAAAAGUGUGUUCUGUUUUGUGCUUGACACUUUUAUUGUCUGAAUAAAGUAACCAAAUA